AUGAAGAACGACGAGCCGGUUCACCCAGACGAGAAGAUGGACCUGCGUGCUGACCACAACCUGAUCAUCAGCCAGGCACGCCUCGCAGACUCUGGGAACUACACCUGCGUAGCCUCCAACAUCGUGGCCAGGAGACGGAGCGCACAGGCCGUGGUGGUGGUGGUCGUGAACGGCGGCUGGUCCCUGUGGACGGAGUGGUCGGCCUGUAACGUGCCAUGUGGGCGAGGCAUACAGAAGCGCUCCAGGACGUGCACUAACCCCGCCCCCCUGAACGGAGGAGCCUUCUGUGAGGGCAUGUCUGUGCAGAAGAUCACCUGCAACGCCCUGUGUCCCAUUGACGGCGGCUGGGACGAGUGGAGCGAGUGGAGCACGUGCACCAGUCAGUGCGAGAGGCAGCGCAGCAGAGAAUGUAACUCUCCCGCGCCACGACACAGAGGCCGCAUGUGUGAGGGCAACAGCCAGGCUGCGGAGAACUGCACCCACGGACUCUGCGCGCAAGGCAUGGAGAGUUCCAACGACGUGGCCCUGUACUCCGGCCUGGGCGCGGGGAUCAUCGCUGUGGCCAUCUUGGUGGUUGCUGUCAUGCUCUACAGGAAGAACCACAGUGAAUACGGAGUGGACGUGAUCGACUCUUCGGCUCUCAGCGGAGGCUUCCAGUCUUUCAACUUCAAGACCACCAGACAAGUAUGCGGAGGUGAACACUUGACCCUGACUAUAGAGGGCAGCACUGCGCUGCACUGGAGCACAGCCCGCUCUAAGAAGGAGAUGACCACUGCCAACCUGCGUACACCUAGAUUAGAGCAGUUGAGGGAUUUUAAAGAAAAAGCAGGAGGACAAGGGGUCUGA